CCUUCGUCUUCCUCGGCUUGGUUGGUCCGCACCUCCGCAGCCGCCGGCGAUCCGCACCACCGUGCUGCUCCCGCCCGCGGAUCCACCCCCGCCGUUCUACAUGGAGUCCUGCCCUUCGGUGAAGAACAUUCUGCUGCUGGACUCCGAGGGGAAGCGCGUCGCCGUCAAGUACUACACGGAGGACUGGCCUACUCUCUCGGCGAAGCUGGCCUUCGAGAAGUCGGUGUUCGUCAAGACCCAGAAAGCCACUGCUGGAGCAGAAGCUGAGAUUGUAAUGUUUGAUGGCCACAUUGUGGUGUAUAAGUUCAUCCAAGACCUUCAUUUUUUUGUUACCGGAGGAGAGGAGGAGAAUGAGCUUAUUUUAGCAUCGGUUCUUCAAGGAUUCACUGAUGCAGUUGACAUUAUUCUCAGAAAUAAUGUUGACAAAAGAACAGCACUUGAAAAUCUGGAUCUCAUCCUAUUAUGCCUCGAUGAAAUUGUUGAUGGAGGGAUUGUCCUAGAAACGGAAGGAAGCGUUAUAGCUGAAAAGGUGUCAGCUCAUGGAAUAGAGGGUGCCACUUCACUAGCUGAGCAGACUAUAGUUCAAGCGCUAACAACAGCAAGAGAGCACUUGACCAAAUCUCUUCUCAUGUGAUGUGCUCUGCUUUUGGAGGUGAAGAUGAAGUAGCAUCCCUUUUGGACGUUAAUUGCAAUAGCAACGACGGAACAGAAUGUCUGAGUCGAUUCGCCUGUAGAUCGGCAUGUUCCAUUCAUUGGUAUUAUCUGGUUCAGUUUGCGAGUAUUUACAAGUUGCAAACAAGAUUGUGAAUUGUGAUUGUUUCAAUUUUGGUUGGUUAUGUUCUUGGCUUGGUAGAUUUAUCCUACACGGUUGUGUAGUGGAUAAAUAUAUUGCUUAUGGAGAUAAAUGUCUUCCACAACUUGCUUAUGGUAUAUUUGCAUUAACAGAGCAAAACAUAAAAUGCUUCUUGAAUUC